UAGUCGGUGCGAAGUUUUCAAUAUGCUGUGGGCGUCGAUUGCUCUUUUAGCCAUAUUCCUAGUUGAAGCACAAACCUAUCAGCCGAUCAAAGUUUUCGAAAUAAGAAAAACUAGAGACCAUGAUCGCAGCAUAGACUACCAGUAUUAUGAUCCAGAUUUUUCAAGGGUCCAAUCUGUUAUACAUAGAGAGAAAGACAACAAAAAGCUUAAAAGAUUAGCCGACGAUAUUGUAAAGCGACUUCAGGUUUUAUCACAACAUAAGGAAGACUACGAUGAUACCGAUAGUGAUUCAAGAUUCGUUGAUGAAACUAGAAGUGUGAUUGUUCUACCUAGCAAAGAUGACGUGUAUCAUACAGAGCCUGGUAAAGAAAUCAUUCUUAAGAAAUUAAUUCAAGCAGCGCUAAGAAACGGCUUCGAUGAAGUAGAAGAUCGAACCGCUCUACCUAUGCACCGAGUUCCCUAUGAUUACGAUUUGAACUGAAGAACUUUAAAUGAAAAAUAAAAUGAAAAACAGAAAAUAAUAAAACAUUUUAA